AUGGAUGCUGUAACCCAGAGGAUUCGUUGCCAAUUCUCGUACUACAUUCCUGACUUGGAGGAGAGAGAUCUAUUUACAAUCCACGAUUGUUCCAUUUGCAUAGGCAAUCUGCGUGUAAAAGCCUCUCUGUUUACCCUAACUACAAACGUUGCCACAAACGCAGUUGCCAGUGUUUCAUCCUUGGCACAGGCUGCUGCAAGUGACGCUUGCCAACGAGAUCAAGUAGUGACAUUCCAAACAUAG